AUGGCAAGCGAACGAGACUCCGCUAGUCCCACGACAGACGCCCCAACCGCUCCGACUCAACCACUGCAUCCAGUGCAACACUGGGAGCAACUUGCUGAGGAACCUGAAGAGGGUGGUGCCGAUGCAGACUCAGCCCUUGGGUCCAACCCCCCAGAGUCGACAGAAUCACUGACCUCAAGCAUCCUUCAAUACCGUACUAUCAAUGGCAGGACAUUCCACUCGGAGAGAGGGAACGCAAGAUAUUGGGCAUCCAAUGACGAAAAGCAGAACGAGUCGAUGGACAUUGUCCACCACUUCCUGUCCCUUGUGUUUGACGGCAAACUCUAUCGGGCUCCCUUGGAGAAGGAUAUUCAGAAAGCCGUGGAUAUUGGAACUGGGACAGGCAUCUGGGCAAUCGACUUUGCCGAUGAGUUCCCUAACACGGAGGUUAUCGGAACAGACAUCUCGCCUAUCCAACCUUCUUGGAUUCCGCCCAACCUGAAAUUCGAGAUCGAUGACUGCAGUCAGGAGUGGACACUCGAGCCAAACUCCGUGGAUUUUGUACACAUGCGUUUCCUCUACGGAAGCAUUAAAGACUGGUCGUUUCUAAUCAACCAGGCAUACAAAGCCUGUAAGCCAGGCGGCUGGGCUGAAAGCCUAGAAGCCUCGGCGAUGAUGCAGAGUGAUGACGGAACUGUAACAGAAGACAGUGCCAUGCACGAAUGGGGAAAAUUCUUCAUUGAGGGCGGAAAGAAGAUGGGCCAGACAUUCACAAUUCUUGAGGACGACGUGCAACGGAAGUGCAUGGAGGAAGCUGGCUUUAUUAAUAUUCACAUCGACAACCGAAAGGUGCCCAUUAGCGGGUGGCCGAAGGACCCAAAGAACAAGGAAAUCGGCCACUUUGUACAUGCUGCCCUUGAGCAGGACCUUGAUGGUUAUAUCUUGUAUAUGGCAAGCCAACUUCUUGGCUGGACGAUGGACGAGGUCCGCGUGUACUGCGCACAGCUUCGACGAGAGCUCCGGAACAACAAAAAGUACCAUCCGUUUUACUGGGUGAGAAAGGUCUACGGUCAGAAGCCAGAAGCUUAG